CCCACGCUCUCACCUCACGCAUCCUUCCAGCCCCCCCCCUCCCUGCCGUUGACCCCCUCGCUUCCUGCCGUCGCCUCGGGUGCUCCCCCAAGCAGAGCGGAGAUUACAGAGCGGUCGGGAUGCCCCAACUCUCCGGGGCCGGCGGCGGGGGGGACCCGGAACUCUGCGCCACGGACGAGAUGAUCCCCUUCAAGGACGAGGGCGACCCCCAGAAGGAGAAGAUCUUCGCCGAGAUCAGUCACCCCGAAGAGGAAGGCGACUUAGCCGAUAUCAAGUCCUCCUUGGUUAAUGAGUCCGAAAUCAUCCCGGCCAGCAACGGACACGAGGUGGCCAGACAAGCACAAACCUCGCAGGAAUCCUACCAUGACAAGGCCAGAGAACACCCGGAUGAUGGAAAGCAUCCAGACGGAGGCCUCUACAACAAGGGACCCUCCUACUCGAGUUAUUCCGGGUACAUAAUGAUGCCAAAUAUGAAUAAUGACCCAUACAUGUCCAAUGGAUCUCUCUCUCCACCCAUUCCGAGAACAUCGAAUAAAGUGCCCGUGGUGCAGCCAUCCCAUGCGGUUCAUCCUCUCACCCCCCUCAUCACUUACAGCGACGAGCACUUUUCUCCAGGAUCACACCCGUCACACAUCCCAUCAGAUGUCAACUCCAAACAAGGCAUGUCCAGACACCCUCCUGCUCCUGAGAUCCCUACCUUUUACCCGCUGUCUCCGGGUGGAGUUGGACAGAUUACCCCACCGCUCGGCUGGCAAGGUCAGCCUGUAUAUCCCAUCACGGGAGGAUUCAGGCAACCCUACCCAUCCUCACUGUCAGUCGACACUUCCAUGUCCAGGUUUUCCCAUCACAUGAUUCCUGGUCCUCCGGGUCCCCACACAACUGGCAUCCCUCAUCCAGCUAUUGUAACGCCUCAGGUCAAGCAGGAGCACCCCCACACUGACGGGGACCUGAUGCACGUGAAGCCUCAGCACGAACAGAGAAAGGAGCAGGAGCCCAAGAGACCUCACAUUAAGAAGCCUCUGAACGCUUUUAUGUUAUACAUGAAAGAAAUGAGAGCAAAUGUGGUGGCCGAGUGUACUCUGAAAGAAAGUGCGGCUAUCAACCAGAUUCUAGGCAGAAGGUGGCACGCCCUCUCCCGCGAAGAGCAGGCUAAGUAUUAUGAACUAGCGCGGAAGGAAAGGCAGCUUCAUAUGCAACUCUAUCCAGGCUGGUCCGCGAGAGACAAUUAUGGUAAGAAAAAGAAGAGGAAGAGAGAGAAACUACAGGAAUCCACAUCAGGUACAGGUCCAAGAAUGACAGCUGCCUACAUCUGAAACAUGGUGGCAAACGAAGCUCAUUCCCAACGUGCAAAGCCAAGGCGGCGGCCCCGGGACCCCUCCUGGAGAUGGAAGCUUGUUGAAACCCAGACUGUCUCCACGGCCUGCCCAGUCGACCCCAGAGGAGACCUGGCACCACCUUCACCCUGAGGUCACUGCUAGAGACACUGAUCCACAAAGACAAUCACUGCCGAGCCCCCUUUCAUCUACUGCAAGAGCCAAGGUCCACAAUAAAGCGUAAAAGGUUUUUUUAAAGAAAAUUCAGCAGCACGUGAGAAUGCCAGCAGGCCCUGGGUCAGCUGAGCCACUUUCCUCCCUGCGUGUCCGCCGUGCACUUCCCAGAGCAUCUUGCAUCCAUACCUGUAACCUCUUGGCAAGGACGGUGACUUGGCUGCCCCCGCGGGCCUCGAGCACCUGGAGCCAGCAGCCAGCGCGUCUGUCCGUCCGUCGGCGUCCCCGCGGGAACGUGUGGCCGAGUUCCCUCUCCGUCUCCGUCUGCGCUUUUCUUUCUCUGCCUUUCCCCCAAAGCUUUUAUUUAACAGUGCAAAAGGAUCAAGUUUGCUUCCUUUUUUUUUAAACUUGAAUAUUUUUUUAAUUUACACUUUUUAGUUUUAAUUUUCUUGUAUAUUUUGCUAGCUAUGAGCUUUUAAGUAAAAUUCAAAGAUCUGGAAAAGUUUGAAAUAAAAAGGAACUGAAAAGAAGCCACUGUUUUUUGAGCAACAUCUUGUCCAGUUAGUGGCCAUGUCCACUCUGCUGGUCGCAGUCGGCAGUGCUAUUCCAUUUUGUUUUUCUUCGGAUCUCCUUUUUGUUUUUUGUUU